CUCACACGCACGCACACACGCACACCUCCUCUGAGAACUCAGCAGGCUGCGACCGCGCACACCCCGCCCCGGCGCGCGUCCCAGGCCGGUGGAGCGCAGAUCCAGAUCCCCAGUGCGGCCGUUCCCGAGCCUCAGGUGGCGCGGAAGGGAGAGCCGGCCCGUGACAACCCGGCUGCGCACUCCAAGACCAUCAGACCUCGGGUCCCCGAGAGAAGCUGAGAGGGCCCGGCUGCCACCCAGAGCCCACCUGUGGGCCCUCGCGGAUCGCCGCCAGCUGUGCCGGACUCCAGGCGCCCGCUCCACAGCUGGAGCGCCACCCAGGUUCUGCCGCCAACCCCUUCACCUCCAGAGUGUCCCGGGAAACCCGAAGAAGCACUGCGCGACAGCGGGACCUCGCGAUGGCCUGGGCGCGCGGGCUGCUGUGUCUGUGGCUAUGUUCCUUCAGCCUGAACCUGGCUCAGGGACAGAGACCCAGCCUGCAUCUCCCUGAGCUUGGCAGGGCUGGGCCAAUCGACCGCGCGACAGGUGGUGGCCCUAGCCCGGACCUGAGGCGGCACGACAAGGUGUCGGAGCACAUGCUGUGGCUCUACGACAGGUACAGCGGCAACAGCAGAGUCCAGGCUACCCGGACGCCCGGAUCGCAGCCCCCGGGUCCCCAGUCACUGCGCGGUGGCAACACGGUCCGCAGCUUCAGAGCGGCAGCCGCAGGAACCCUUCAAAAAAGGGGCUUGCACACUUUUAAUCUGACUUCUCUAACCAAGUCUGAAAACAUUUUGUCAGCCACACUGUAUUUCUAUACUGGAGAAUUGGUGAACAUCAGUUUGAGCUGUCCCGUAUCCCAAGGAUGCCCCCGCCGUGCUCAGAGACAACACAUACAGGUAGAUCUCGCUGCAUGGAUCCUCAAACCCAGGCAAAGUCAGCUCCUGGGUCACCUAUCAGUAGAUGUGAUCAAACCUUACAGAGACAGCAUGUCUUGGCUGUCAAAAGACAUCACUCAUCUCUUAAAGAAGGCCAAGCAAGAUGGGGAGUUCCUCCUCGGAUUUAACAUUACCUCCAGAGCCCACGAGCUGCCCACAAGGAUGCUGCUUUUCCCGGAGCCUUAUAUAUUGGUAUAUGCCAACGAUGCUGCCAUUUCUGAACCAGAAAGUGUGGUGUCUAGUUUACAGAGACACCGAGAUUUCCCCGCAGGAACUGUGCCUAGACUGGAUAGCCACGUCAGAGAUGCCCUCUCCAUUGAGAGGAGGAGGAAGCGCUCCACCGGCAUCUUGUUGCCCUUGCAGAACAAUGAGCUACCUGGGGCAGAAUACCAAUACAAGGAGGAUGGAGCAUGGGAGGAGAGAAAGCCUUACAAGAGCCUUCAGACUCAGCCCCCGGAAAAGAGCAAGAGCAAAAAGAAACAGAGGAAAGGGCCUCAUCAGAAGGGGCAGACGCUGAAAUUCGACGAGCAGACCCUGAAGAAGGCCAGGCGGAAGCAAUGGAUCGAACCUCGGAACUGUGCCAGGAGGUACCUUAAGGUGGACUUUGCUGAUAUCGGCUGGAAUGAAUGGAUUAUCUCCCCCAAAUCAUUUGAUGCUUACUAUUGCUCCGGAGCCUGCCAGUUCCCCAUGCCAAAGUCUUUGAAGCCAUCGAAUCAUGCGACCAUCCAGAGCAUAGUGAGAGCAGUGGGGGUCGUGUCCGGAAUUCCUGAGCCUUGCUGUGUGCCAGAAAAGAUGUCCUCACUCAGCAUCUUAUUCUUUGAUGAGAAUAAGAACGUAGUGCUUAAAGUCUACCCUAACAUGACAGUGGAGUCUUGUGCUUGCAGAUAACCCGUCAGCAAAUAACUCAUGCAAAUGCUCAGUUCAGUUGUUAGUUGGGUUUUAUGGACUUUUUUUU